GGGGGUUAAUACGGACGUUUUUGCCAUGAUAGGAGCGGUUUGGAGCUGCAGUCGUUUCUCACAGUGGGAACUUAUCGAACCGGGAGUCCUGGUGUUCCUGAUGGGGAUAAAAACAGACGACACAGCCGGACACAUCACACACCUCUACGCCUCGCAGGAACAACACGAUGCCACGCAUGCGGGUGUUAUGGACGUGCUCGGUGCUGCUGGUCAUUUUGUUCACAGAGUCGCACUGCGUUCAGAAGACGACUCUGACUAAAAACUGGGGACCGCAGUCGAUGCUGUACCUGAAGGGGAAAUAUGGUAGAAGAUAUAUUCCAGACAGCGAUGGUGAUUUUUAUAAAUCCGCUCUGAAAAGCUUGUACGUAGUUAUCAGAGAUUUUGUAAAGAUGAAGUCAGUGCAAGCUGGAAGAAGAUCGACGCGGCUUUUCACGGCCGAGAAUCUUCUGAUCCGUUACACAGAGUAGGCUCGUUUUAUACAGCUGAAACUGUUCAUAAGUUGUAAAAAAAAAAAAAAUGAUACAAAAAAUGAUUCAAGUCUUUAACUUUUUUAUUCCUGUUUGAUUCAUUAAAUAUCCAGUAAGUUUGAUAGAUGUAAUAGGUUGCUUAUAUAACGUUAGCUGAUGACUAUGAUUCUUGUUAUUAUUACUAUUAUUAUUAUUAUUAUUGUCAAAUUUUCUA